AUGCUAGAACAUUACUUAAGCUCCAUAUUUGGUUAUGGGGAAACAGAGAAGUUCAAGUGGCAUGGAAGGAUGGGAUAUGUUCACAUUGAUGAUGUUGCACUUUGCCACAUCUCAGUUUAUGAGCAUGAAAGUGCUCAUGGUCGAUACAUUUGCAGCUCAACAGUUUUGGACAACAAUGAGUCGGCUUCCUUGUUAUCCAAGCAAUAUCCUUCCUGA